UGACACCAUUUUUGUCCAUGCUAAUACACCUAUUAUUCAAUGAUUAAUGAACAAUAGUAAAAAUACUUUAACCAAACAUAACAAAAGGGUUAACAAUGUUUGCCUUAAACGAGAUCCUAAGUUGAUAACCAUGUUAUUUCCUCACUCUCUUAAUCUUUUUAGUUCAUAUUCAUUUUUUUCUGUCUCUGUCUCUUUCUCUCACCCUCACUCUGUCCCUUGCUCACUCACAAUUUUCUCAGAUUUAGUUUGAUUUGAUUCCAUACACCAAAACAUAAACACAUAAAUCACUUAGAUUAAUUAUUAUUGUCUUAUUUUUCUAGUGUUUAGGAAUAAGAAAGAUGCAAUCUGGCGGCUCUGAUUCACAGCAUCCCAAGCAGCAUGAACAACAACGACAACCACCACCUCCUCCUCCUCCUCCACUACCGCCACCGCCACCGCACUCGACACCGUGGGUCCCGAUGCAGUAUCCAACAACAGCAAUGGUAAUGCCUCAGCCUCACCAAAUGUUGUCACCUCAUCAGCAUUACGCUUUACACCCACCGCCUCCCCAACACUAUAUGGCUGCCACCGCUUACCACCACCAGUACCACCACCAUCCCGCAGCCAUUGCCUCCCCAAUCCACCACCACCACCUUCACCAGCAUAGCAACCACGUGGGUGGAUCUGUAGCCGAUAACAAGACCGUCUGGAUCGGGGAUUUGCAUAACUGGAUGGAUGAGAAUUACCUCCACACUUGUUUCGCUUCCACCGGCGAGAUUGCUUCCAUUAAGGUGAUUAGGAAUAAACAAACUGGUUUAUCUGAAGGGUAUGGAUUUGUCGAGUUUUUCACACACGGGACAGCUGAGAAAGUUCUACAAAAUUAUACCGGCAUUUUGAUGCCUAAUACGGACCAACACUUCCGUCUUAAUUGGGCAACAUUUAGCACGGGCGACAAGCGAUCAGAUAAUGCUCCCGAUCUUUCUAUUUUUGUAGGCGACUUAGCUGCAGAUGUUACUGACAGUUUGUUGCAUGACACUUUUGCCAAUAGAUAUUCGUCGGUUAAAGCUGCCAAAGUUGUGUUUGAUGCCAACACUGGCCGUUCAAAAGGUUACGGUUUUGUUAGGUUUGGAGAUGAUAGUGAGAGAACACAAGCAAUGACUGAAAUGAAUGGAGUGUAUUGUUCAAGUAGGGCCAUGCGUAUUGGUGCUGCAACUCCUCGCAAAUCUUCUGGAUAUCAACAACAAGGUGGAUAUAUAUCAAAUGGCUCCUCCAUCCCAACUUUUCAAUCUGAAAAUGAUUCCACAAAUACAACUAUAUUUGUAGGAGGGCUUGAUCCCAAUGUCACUGAUGAGGAUCUGAAGCAGACUUUCACUCAACAUGGUGAGAUAGUCUCAGUCAAAAUACCUGUUGGUAAAGGAUGUGGCUUUGUACAAUUCGCUAGUAGGAGCAAUGCUGAGGAAGCAUUGCAAAAGUUGAAUGGCACGAUCAUAGGCAAGCAAACAGUUCGCCUCUCGUGGGGCCGCAAUCCAGCAAACAAGCAGUUCAGGGUAGAUUUUGGGAACCAGUGGAGUGGGGCCUACUACGGAGGCCAAGUUUACGACGGAUAUGGAUACGUCAUGCAAUCGCCUCAUGAUCCAAGGAUGUACGCAACAACAGCUGCAUACGGGGCAUACCCUCUGUUUGGCAGCCAUCAACAACAAGUAAGCUGAGACAAAAUGAAAUAAGACGAAAGGAGAUCUUCUUCCAAAUUGGUGCUUCAUCGUGGUUUCAAAGAAUAAUAACAAGUAGGUCUCUGUGGCUGACCAUGUUAGAUGAUGUUAGGAUAAGAAGAAAACAAACAAGAAGAGGCUUAAUGUGGUCUCAGUUGCUUGGUCACUCCUAGGCCCUAGCUAGCUAGUUAUUGGUAAUGGUAGAACUUGUUUUGGUGAUAAAAGUUCAGUCCUCUAUAGUUUGGGGAUUGGAAUCGAAUUUUUUUAGCUGUAGGGAGGCAAUAGAUUGAUUGGUUAUUAUUUAUUCAGAUUAUUGGGGUAGUGAUUUGAAGAUAGGCCUUCUCUCUUGAAAUCUUAUGUGGGCUACUGCAUUCAUCCAUGGUUUAGCUAAUAAAACAUUGUCCUUAAG